CCACAAGAAAGAGUCAACAUGGCGUCUCCUUCCUGGCCGACGGCCGUGACCUCCAGCAAGGGUCACCGAAGAGAUGGCAGAGGGAUCCACAGAUCCACUAAAUCACAGACGGCGUCUCGGGGAGAGAAACGCUACCCCAUCACAACGCGGCUGUCACCCAGAAUACAGAUGGAGGAACUGCCCUUGUGCACUUUCCCUGAAGUGUCCUCCAUGGACUUCAUGGCUAUGAAGCGCUCGCAGCUCUACAGCAUGGCCAACAAUCCUUACUCCACUCCACAGCAGCCAGGAGGAGGUGGGCCUUACCCUCCUAGCCAGCCAUACACAUCACCUCCUCCCCACAGAUAUCCAAUGAGCAUGCAAGGGAGGGGCCAAAUUGGCAUGGGCGGGAUGCAGUACCCUCAACAGCAGCAGGUGGCGCCAUAUGGCCAGCAGGGGAUGGGGGGCUACAGCCAGCAGCAGCAGCAGCAGGCAGGGCAACAGGGAACCCCUCCAUACUUCAGCCCCCCUCAGCAGACCCCUCCAGGCCAGACUCAGAGCCCUUACCUGCAGCCUCGACCCCCACCACAACAGGAGGCCCAGCAGGAGACGUACGUAACCAGGGGUCCAGCCCCAGGGAAUUCUGGGAAGGCCAACAAUGAGGAUGGCGUCUCCCAAGACCGCCCGUCCAGUCUGCCGGAUCUGUCCGGUUCGAUUGAUGACCUCCCCACUGGGACGGAGGCCGGUCUGGGCUCAGCCGUCAGCGUCGGUGGCUCCUCCAGCAGCAGCAGCAGUAGCCAGGGGGAGCAGGGAGGGGCCAGCAACCAGGGACAGUCCCCCUUCUCGCCUCACGCCUCCCCCCACCUACCCAGCCAGAGGAGCGGGCCCUCUCCCUCCCCUGUGGGCUCACCCGCAGGCUCCACUCAGUCCCAGCAGUCGCGAUCAGGCUCUGGACCCAUCUCUCCUGCCAGCGGACCCUCAGCCAACACCACUGCACCAGGUUCUGCGAUGGCCCCACAGAGCUCUGGGAACGGACCAGAAGGAACCCACCCGCCAAUCACCCGCUCACCUAUGGCUCAGGAGAAAGGGUUCAUGUCCAACAUGCAGAGAAACCAGGGUAGCUCUCAGUUUGCCUCUCCUCAGUCCGGACCUUCUAUGUCCCCCCAUCCCUCACCUGGGGGCCCAUUGUAUUCUGUGGUGGGACCCUACUCCCAGAGUGGCCCUACAGGCCUUUAUGGACCUCAAGGAUCCCAGUAUGGACACCAAGGUAACUAUCCUCGGCCCUCUAACUAUGGUGGGCCUGCCAGCACCAGCUACAGUGGCCCUGGCCCCGGCAUGACCAACAGUCUGGGGAUGAAUGCAAGCAGCCCCAUGCACGGCCAGGGGCCCGGCCAGCCCAUACCUGUAGGUCGCAGCCACGGCCCAGGCAGCCAGAACAGGGUGUACCCGCCCAUGGCUCCCAGCUCCCCCAGCAUGCCCCAGCCAGCUGGGCCCGGGAUGGGCCCCCCUUCUUUGGGUAGUUCUAACCGCAAGGCCCAGGAGGCAGCAGCAGCUGCCAUGCCGGGAUCUGCCAACUCCACACACAACAGGCGGCCUCCAUAUAUUAGGUCCCAGGCCCAGAUGCAGCCGCCCCGACCUACCUCCACCCACUGGCCCACACCUCAGCCUGCCUCCACCCAUCCACCACCUUCCCCUCCACUCAGACCUCACCAUCCACCCUUCCUGCCACCCUCACAUUCACAGCACUAUAGGCAGGGCAGCUAUCAAGGCCCUGGCAUCAGCCAGGCGAGCACCAUGGCUACCACUGUCCCCAACAGCCAGCCAACGGGAAUCAACAGCUCCGCCAUGGGCAACGCACAAGGUCCAGCCUACAAUAUGCCGCCUUCAGGAGCCAUGGGAAUGUCAGGAGACGGGAUGAUGAGCCCAGAUGGGAAAUCGAAGACGGACAUGAAAGACGACAGCGGUCCGGCCAACGAGCCUCACAAACCAAAGCUCCAGGACGGCUACAGCAACAACAGCAGCAGCAGUAGCUCCCAGCAGUGUGUGUCCCAGCCAGCCACGCCAGGCAGUGCCCUGCCCGUGCCCUCCCCCCUCUCACCCAGCCCAGCCAGCCUGUCCUCGUACCACGGAGACGACAGCGACAGCAUCAGCAGCCCCCCCUGGCCCCUCAAGACCCCCUCCAGUCCUAAAGCCAACCCAAACUCCUCCUCCCUCAGUGGGGAGCGAAUCACGCGCCUAUUUGAGCUGGGUGUGGAGCCGGAGAGGCGGGGCUGGGUGGAGCGAUACCUGACCUUCAUGGAGGAAAGGGGCACGCCUGUUACCCAGCUUCCCACUGUGGGCAAGAAGCCGCUGGACCUCUGGAAGCUCUACGUAGCUGUUCGGGAGAUAGGAGGCCUCGCCAUGGUAAACAAGAAUAAGAAGUGGCGCGAGCUGUCCACCACCCUGAACGUGGGUACAUCCAGCACCUCCGCCAGCUCGCUCAAGAAGCAGUACAUCCAGUAUCUGUUUGCCUGCGAGUGUAAGAUGGAGAGGGGAGAAGAGCCGCCGGCAGACAGCAGCAGCAGUGGCAGCAGCGUGGCUGGAGGGGACAGCAGGAAGCAGGUCAAGAUCCAGCCACCCUCACCUGCUAAUUCAGGCGGCUCCCUCCAAGGCCCACAGACGCCCCUGUCCUCUGGCAGCAGCUCGACAGCAGAGGCAGUGGGGGAUCUGAAACCCCCCACACCUGCCACCACCCCCUUGGGACAGGUCACACCACUGCCCCCCAACAGGAGCAGUGUGAGCAUACAGGACCCCUUCUCGGAGGUGAGUGACCCGGCCUUCCAGAAGCGUGCUGCCUCCCAGCCCCCCUCAGCUCCUUACCAGCAGGCCCUCAGCAUGCCUGACAUGAUGAUGAGGAUGCAGUACGACGCCAAGGACCCCUUUGCCGGGAUGAGGAAGAUGGCAGGAGCUGAUCCAUACAUACCAGGCCAGAUGCCCAGUGGUGGCAUGCAGGACAUGUAUGGUCGACCCCCGUCAGCCUUGAGCAUGAGCCAACGGUCGCAGUAUCCAUAUGGACCGGGCUAUGACAGGAGACCGGACCAUGUCAUGGGGAUGGAGGGGAACAUGGGUCCCCCUGGGAGUCAGAACAACAUGGGACCUUCGAACAGUGAGGGCAGCAUGUACUCUCCCAGUAGAUACCCUUCACAGCAGAGACACGAUGGCUACAGUCAGCAGUAUCCCAACAUGCCAUAUGGGAUGCAUCCAUCUGGGAUGUACCCUCAGCAACAGCAGGGCUACAAACGGCCCAUGGAGGGCAUGUACGGCCCCCCACCCAAGAGACACGAAGGCGACAUGUAUGCCAUGCAGUACGCCAACCAGCAGCCAGACAUGUACAACCACUACGGUGGCGGGUACUCGGGCCCUGAACACAGACCCAUCCAGGGACAGUUCCCCUACCCCUAUCCCCGCGACCGCAUGGGCCCCUCAGGUCAGAGCCAGCACAGUAUGAUGGGUGGGGGGCCCACUCCUAACCAUGCCGCCGAUGGCCCUAACAUGUGGCCAUCCAGGACUGAGCUUGGCUAUCCCUACCCCAACCGACAGGGGCCGCCAUCACAAAUGCCUCCUUACGGCUCAAUGGGCAGAGAUGACAUGGACGGACGUCCGGGGCAGGAGCAGUGGCACCGUCAGUCUCCCUACAUGUCAUCAUCAGGAGGCAUGCCUCCCCUGUCCUCACGCCAGCCAUCUUCUUAUUCCAACUCUCCAUCCAUGACCAACCACCUGUCCAGAGCACUCAGCCCAGGAGCCUUCCAGCGCUCCAUGGACUCUAGGAUGUCACCCAAAGCACCGUUCAUGUCACCCAUGAAGAUGCCUAAGCCUGGGAUGACCAUGAUGGGCUCACAGGGAGGUGGGCCCCUUGGUCACUUUCCUCCCAACCUGAGGCGGGAUUUCAACUACCCACCAGGAUCAGUGGAGGCCACCAUGCCGAUUCUUAAGCCCAGACGCAAGCUCACCUCCAAGGACACUGGAACGCCUGAGGCCUGGCGCGUGAUGAUGUCUCUGAAGUCCGGCCUGCUGGCAGAAAGCACAUGGGCCCUAGACACCAUCAAUAUCCUGCUGUACGAUGACAGCACUGUGGGCUCCUUUACCCUCUCGCAGUUGCCAGGAUUCCUCGAGCUGAUUGUGGAGUACUUUCGCCGUUACCUGAUUGAGAUCUUUGGCAUCCUGGAAGAGUUUGAGGUGGGGACAGUGGCCCAGAAAAGCCUUUUAGACCCCGCUGCUAAACAGAAAGAAGAAGUCAUCCCUGACCAGGACUCUAACACCCAUCCUGAACCUGAGUCAGCUCCGGCAGAAGAGAUGCAGGUGGAGCAAGCAGGAGGCAAUGUGGAGGAAGCUCAACCAGUCACUACUGCAGAGUCACAGUCAGCUGAGGCGAGCAGUGAGAAGGAGGAGUCUGAGAUGAGUAUAAAGAAGGAGGACACAAAUGGCGAGGACCGAGAGAAAGAUGGAAAAGAAGAAGAGCGUGAAAAAGGAGCAGAGAACAAAAAGGAGUGUGUUGACCAGCCUGUUGCAGAGCUAAAACCUAAACUCAAGCAAGCCAGUAAAUAUGAUAAGCUCCCCAUCAAGAUUGUCCACAAAGAGGACCUGUUUGAAGACAUGACAGAGCACUUAGGUUACGUCACUGAGUUCACUAGCGGGUUGCUACACUGGCAGGCGGGCGGAGGUGACUCCACCGCACACAUUCAAACACAAUUUGAACCCCGAAGUGAACCGCCUCCCAGGGCAGAUGGAAAGACAGGAAAAGAAAACAAAGAGGAUAACACGGUGGACGAUGGGAAGACACAGCCGCUGAAACAUAUCACUGCUACUAUAGAUGAUGUUCUGUGUGCUCGGGUUGACGCCCUUUCUUACGCCCACCCUGCGCGCUCCUUGCCAUCUUACCCCUUCAGGGUGCAUCACGAUGGGGAGCAGGACCACAUCACCUUGCUGGAGGAUGAGCCUCGCUGCUUGGACGAGGCUCCGCUCUCCACAUCCUCUGCCUGGCAGGACUCACUGGCCAAACGCUGCCUCUGCGUCUCCAACAUCGUCCGGAGCCUGUCCUUUAUCCCCGGAAAUGACUUGGAUAUGUCCCGCCACCCUGCUCUGGUUCUUCUUCUGGGCCGGCUGCUCCUGCUGCACCACCAGCACCCAGAGAGGAACCGAUCGCCUCCCAGCUACCAGAAAGACGAGCAGAAGGAGCAGGGGCUGUCGAGCAGCAAAGAGGAGUGGUGGUGGGAGUGUCUGAGUCUGCUCAGGGAGAAUGCUAUGGUCAGUCUAGCCAACAUCUCGGGUCAACUGGAUCUCUCCACCUAUCCAGACACUAUCUGCCUCCCCAUUUUGGAUGGCCUUCUCCACUGGAUGGUGUGCCCUUCAGCUGAAGCCCAGGACCCCUUCCCAUCAGCAGCACCCCACUCCCAGCUCACUCCCCAGAGGCUGGUGCUGGAGGCACUCUGCAAGCUGAGCAUCCAGGGCGGCAAUGUUGACCUCCUGCUAGCUACGCCACCUUUCAGCCGACAGGAGAAGCUUUUCACCAUCUUGGUCCGCUACGUGGGUCAGAGGAAGGCCCAGGUGUACAGAGAGAUGUCAGUGGCUGUACUCUCCCACCUGGCACAAGGAGAUCCCACAGCAGCACGGGCCAUAGCCGUGCAGAAGGGCGCCGUGGGUAAUUUGGUAGGCUUCUUGGACGAUGGUGUUAGCAUGGCGCAGUACCAGCAGAACCCUCACAGCUUGCUACACAUGGGGCACCCCCCUAUGGACCCACCUAGCAUAAACAUGAUGUGCAGAGCAGCUAAAGGCCUGUUGGCUAUGGCUAAAGUGGCAGAGAACAAGACAGAGUUUGUGUUGUACGAAAGCCGAUUAUUAGACAUCUCCAUUUCCUCUGUGCUCAACGCGGGGGUGGUGGCUAUUAUUUGCCAAGUUCUCUUUCACCUAGGGAAAUUAUGACAAGAGGAGAGGCGGGACUCACACAGCAGACGCUAAGGCAAACAAGAUGCUUCUGUGGUUUCCUAUUUUUAUUUAUCAAAAUGACAGAAAAUGUUUGUUUUCCACAAAAUAUCUAUAUAUGUAAAGCUUCUGGGCCCUGUUAAAAAAAAUGUGGGUUUGGCAUUUGAAAGCUCAUUUUAAUACAAAUAUUUAAUACCUGCUGGUGUUGGAUUGCUGAUUUUGUUUGGCAUUUGUUUUUGUUUGUUUACUUUUUUCAGCCAAAGCUGCCACCAGAUGUUGGUGCUGAAUUACGUGGUUCCUUUUGAGUCGAUGAAUCGUGGAGAUGUUUUUCAGUUUUAUAAACGCUAAUAUACUCAUCAACAUUUUGUUAAUGGAGAGUAUUUAUUUAAAAUGUGACUCUGUACAGUAGUUUGAACUUUUUUGCCAACAGUUGUGGGGGGAAAAAACACUGACUUUUCAAAUUGAAAUGUAUAUGUCUCCAUCGCUGGAAGAUAAAUUGUGCAAUAGGACUCUAGAGCAAGUUGUCCCUUUUUGAGAACAAGAAGAAUCUUAAAAGAUACCUGCAGUGUGUGCUUUAGGCCAUGAGGAGGCAGCAUUGCACCAGCCAAUCAACAUGAGCGAAGAGCAUCUGUUAAAAUAAGUGUCUAAUUUAUCACAUCCUCAAUGACUUUCACAGAUGAACUUUGUGUGUCCUAAGCACUUGUGUUAUGUCUGUAUUUUUUCAUCACUGUGUAUAUAAACCGUUGUACAAUGGACACAUGAUUCUUUCAGUCUCAAUUAAGCAUAGCAAGAGAUGGGACUUUCCGAUUAUUAUAACAAAUGCUUUUAUUGUUGGUAAAAUUUGUUAUUGUUAUUAUACAUAUUUUGUUAAUGGGGUCAAAUAUUUGAACAUGGCAGAUGUAACUGGUGUUUCAAUGUAAAAAAUCCUGUAUGCAUUGUAUUAUAGCUGAGAAAACAAUCGCUUUGGUAAUCAAACGUGAAAGUGCCAGGGUGAGAGGAUAUCUGGGCGAGGUGACGUGAGAAAACUGAACACAUUUCUGUUGGUCACUGUCCUCCAUUCAUGUCAAUGGGCAUAUUUUUUAAUCUAGAUGAUGCUCUAAAAAGAAACAUGUGAAAAGAACCUUCAAAAUGUCAUGAAAGCUCAUUGUAAAAUUUGCCUUUUUUCGUAUGACUCCAUGUCUCUCUUUUAUUCAGUAUACACAUUUAUACUCUGUGCUGCACAUGUCACAAAUAAAUGUAUGAUGAACAUCA